AAGACAACAGUUAAUACUGUAGUCGUGAAGACUUAAAAACAUAACUUCAAUGACAAACAAUUUGUGGGACCACAUCACAAAUGAACCGAUAAUCUCAUUAACUCAAAUUAUUGAAAAAUAUACCGGAUUUUCAAAAUAUAUAGAUUUGUAUGAUUUCUGUUCCUUCUCGUAAGAUUAAUAAAUGGGAGUUGGGUAACCGGUGGAGAUCGAUGAUGAGGUAUGGGCAAAGAAAAGGAAACCACCGCCUCUGUUCUCGUCACUAUAUGUCAGCAAAGAUCUAAGCAACGAAAAAGUCCACUCCAACAUUCCACGGGUCUGUCUACCCAAAAAAACAGAGCACAAAAGCAAAAUCCAGUACCUCAAUCUAACAUUAUAAUACACACAUAUAUAUAUAUGUCACGGGGGAAUUGAAAAGUUCUUCGAUCGUUUUAGUAAUGAAAAUGAAGAAAAUAUCCCUGUUUUUGGUAUCAACUAACAUCACCAACUAGUGCUUAAUUAAUAUGUGCAUGUGACACUGCACACGUCUAGUUGGUUAUAGUUUUAUAGUUUGUGAGAGUUUGGACAAUGUCAGCUCAGAAUUUAGUAGCACCAUGUCCAGAGUUACCUCUCUCUAAUGCUUACUUCUCAUUUAGGGAUGAUAAUUUGGACGUGACCUGUAUUUACUAGCUGAUUUGUUUGACCUGUUUUUAGUGGACAAUACCCGUCUCGUAGAAGGGGCGGGGCGGCCAUGACUGCUCUCUUGGACAUGACCCACCCAUUCUCGACUCGUUUUGACUAAAUUAUAUGUAACUUUACUCAAAUUCCUUAGGAUUUUACUUUUAUUACAUCAUAUUUUUACUAUUAUAAAGUAACAAAUAGAUGAAAAAAACUCAACUUCUAGAAUAAUCUUAAACAACGCCUAGAGUUUGAGUUUUUCGAGUUAAUGUAUACCAACAACAUCGACUAAUCGUUCAUCCAGUUUUUUGACAAAACCUACCACUCAGAACUUGUAAACCUACCGUCUGGCACACGGCAAAUUCAUCGAUCGAUUCAUAUAAAACAACACCACCUGAAGGAUGAAUUCUUGCCUUCUUGGCGUGGCACAUCACGCGGUGUCGUUUCAAUGAUUAUCGUCGUGGGUGGGAAAUGUGAUGGGACGCGUACCGGUCGGCAUUCAUGCCCGGAGAAGUGUCCGCGUCGGCAACCGCCAACCACCGCCGCCCCCACCGUGUCGUCGACGUACGGUGGCGCUGCCCUCACCACACCAAAUAUGCCUCAAUAUUCAAUUUUUAUAUAAAUUGUUCCUAUAAAAUCAUCCAUUUUUAAUGUAACGUACACUCCAGAAAGCAGUUGAGGCAAAUCCAUUUAAUUAUAUGCCAGUGUAGGGUUGUGUAAUAUGGCCCGAUCGAUAGGAGGGUCCAAAUUCGAUUGAGGCCACUAGUUUUCCCCCUAGCUCUGUGUUCGUUUCUUUUGACAUUCCACGUGUAUGAGUUCAAUUCGAUUCGAGUAGAAUAAAGUAUAAUGAUAGUACGUACAUUUUGAAAACAAUAGAUACUUCUACAACAUGUCUUGUAUUUGAAUUAUUGAAUUAAAUAAAAGGAAGAUCUUCGUCAUCUGUGUACUUAUUUGAUAUUUUGUUAGAUGGUUUCAAGUCAUCGUUUAUUCUUCUUUCUUCGUUUUGUAUAUUAUCUAAGACUGAAUUUUUAUUUGACGUGAAUAAUAAAGAACUAAGUACGAUAUAAUCUUGUUUCCGUGGGUGGAUAAAACAUCAAAUCGCAUAAUUAAGGCAGGAUCAAGACGACCAACUAACAUGCAUGAAUUCUUUUAGUCUAUUGACCUAUCGUCUCGAUCCUUUAACCAUUAUGCCCUAUACAUUGACAUCUGACAAGAUUGGUAUUUAAUGAAUAAUUAGCCCAAACUUAAUGACGAUUACCAAACGACUGAUCCUAUUUGCCAUAUACAAAUUACAGCUGCGUGGUGUGGCCAAAAAUGAUUCAUGACAAGAACUACCAAAUGACAUAAUGAUCACCCACUUAUAUAUAUGAUGAUGAUGAAGUGAUGAUAGCACAAAUUCCAAUGUCCAGCACCAGCAGCUACCAAUGCCACGUGCCAACUUGUACAAAUAUCAGUACACGGACAGAAUACUAUGCUAACCUCGUAGAGAGUUAGCACCCACAUAACCAUGAGUUGUAGUAGUCCAUGUCGGAGUUGUAGUUUUACGAUCGAGAGAAAAUACGACUACAACUGUAAAAAAUAAUGAUUAUAACUAUAAUUGUAUUACGUUAACAUAGUGUUAACUCGAUAUGGUUAGCAAGUUGAUUGGUCCCAAUGUUACAAUGCAAUUUUUUUUUAUAGCUAAUGGUGAUAUAGUAUUAUUACUUGAAACAAUGGAGAGAAUUAACACAUAAAAGGGAGAAACGGAAAGUCGGAGUACAACCCGCCAAAGAAAAAUAGUCAAGUAAAGCUAAAACUAACUAAAGAGCAAGAACUCGGUUCACUAUAUCGGUAAGACACAUCCCAUAUCACUAGUGAACAUAUCGAACAGUAAUUUAGAGAAUAAAUUAAAUCGAAAAAUCGGUACUUAUAUGUUAACCAUUAAAGUCCCUUCAUAAUUGGAGUUAAAUCACAAUGUAUAGAACUCGAUCGUGGCUCUAGCUUCAGGGGCCAUUGGAGGGCUACAGUACCCUACAGGAGGAGGGCUCUUUGAAACAAUUGGGAGGGCCCUUAUUCAACCGUUACCCCUCACCAAAUUGUUGCCCUGUCUCUCUCUCUCUCUCUCUCUCUCUCGUCCAAAACCCUUGAAUGUAGAAACAAAUUGUUCAAAAGAUGCCUAAUAACCAUGAACUGUCCCCAACCCCAAACCAACUCAAUAUACAGAAAUGGCGAUUUCCAUGGCCACGAUUCAUGGAGCUAUAGGACUAGGAGGCCCAAUAUUAAUGGGCCAUAAAACCCAAAGGGAUCGGACAGUGACCCUUCGACAUGAUGGUGAAGUCUCCCAACGAGAUCCAGCACACACUCGAUCCAUAUAUAUAUAUGUAAAUUCCAAUUCCCACAACCGUUUCCCGUCAACCUAAAUGCAUACAUCAAAUAUUUAUGUAUGUUGUAGUAUGUGGCUGUGUGUUCACUGAGGGAGUGUUACUUCCCAUGACUAAGCUAUCGGGUCCCCAAUCCAAAAGCCCCAUUUGGUGACAUGUUUGGGUGAUCCUCAUAUCUCGCUCGCUCGUUUAUGCCGUUUCGACCAUUUUCGUUAGAUUAUAGCAAUCAUAAUCUUUGUCAGUUUACGUAAACUAAGUUUCUAGCACCGUUUGUUAGUAGUUAGGGAAAAUUCGAUAUGUAAUACUGGUAAAUCACAUAGAAAUAACCUUUGAUUGCAACUCUCUUUAUAAUAUCUUCAAAAACUACAAGAUCCAUUCAUGAUUUAAAGAUAUAUGAAGGAAACAUGGAGAGAUUAUUAAUUAUAGUUAUAAACAUGAAUGAUAUAACUUGUAGUUUAAUCAUACUAUUAUUACCCCUAAACUAUAGCUAGCUAGGUUCCCCAACCCCAAAUCUCCAUUUGAUGGUUGGUUAGGGUCUCCAGAUCUCUAUUACACUAUUUUGAUUUCUGACCUUUGUUAUGCUAUAGAAUUGGUUCGAACUUAGCUUGUUGUCGGUUGAUGUAAGCAAUUUCGUUAGCAACAUUUAUUAGUAGUUAGCGAAAAUUCUCGAACUUUACUGAAAUAAUAUCGAUAUCGGAAUCCACAAAAGACCAUUAAAUCCUCUUCAUAACAUCUUCGGAACUCCACACAUCCCUCAAUGAUUUAGAGAUAUGUAAAAGGAACAUAGAGGUAUUCAAAUUUCCUCUCUCGAAAAAUUAUUAUAGUAAUAAAUAUGAAUAAUAUCUUGUAGUUUAAUGUUUAUUGGUAUUAUUAUCAGUUUUAAAUCCAAGGGCCCACUUUCACCAAUCAAAGCCAACGAUAAUUAUGUGUAUAAUCCAAAAAAGCCCCAUUAAAUCUCCAACAUAAAAAAUGCCUUUAAAAUCCGAUAUAUUUCUAGAAAAAUAGCAUCAAUUUUUUUCCUUCAUAAAAGGUUUGAUGCGCUGUGCUUUCGUAACUAAUAAUGAAAAUGAUAUUGUAACCACUAUCUAUCUAUCAACAACAACAAAACAUUUAGCCACGGACAAUGACAGACUUGAUUUCCUUACUUAAUACACCCAUAAAUGGGGUAUUGGCUUUAAUUUGUACAUUUCCCACUUCAAUUGUUUUUCAUUUUGGAUUCAUUUUGAGUUCAUCUACGUUCCAAUGCUCUCUUUAAAAUUGUGUUUUCUCAUCAAAUUUUACUGUGUUUACCGUCAACCAUGACUAACCUCUCUUCUCAUUGAAAGUGAUCACAUAAAAUGAUAACUCAAUCCAACAUCGUACGUCGUCGUGUUUUCUCCUCAUUAAUUAAGUAUUUUGACGAGACAUGGGAAAUGGGAAAUGGGCCAGUUUUUGCGUUACUGGUGUGCUUGGUUUCAGGAUAACUAAGUGAGGUCUCAAAUAUGUUGGGCCCAAUUAAGUGUUCUUGGGGCUUUGCAUGAUGACAAACUAAAGCCUUCAACAAAAUAUAGCCAAUAAUUUGGGUUGCUAUGAGUAAUUGGUUGGUAGGGGGCGUGCAAUCGGCCUGGUCCAAUACUGCAAGAGAUUAUAGGACUUAUAAUGAUCAUAUCAAUAGUGAAUUUGGUUUGCUUUGAUUCGGUUUGAGCCGAUCAAAUGUUACUUCGAUUAAUUUUUCUCCGGUAUUUAUAAUAGUAAUGGAAUCAAGAACCGGACCAUAUUAUUUUUGGUUCGGUGUGCUGCAGUCCAAAUGUCGGUUUGGUCCGAUACUGACCAACUCAUUACACACCCCUAUUGGUUAGUAACAUGAUAUCCUAGUUUUUAAUGAUAAAAAAUGACAUAAUUCUGCUAAUUUGUAAUAUCAUUAUCACAAAUUUUGGAGAAAUUGUAAUACUGUUAAUCAACGAAGCAAAUUAGUCUCGUCGAUGAACUUCAAUUUAUUUUUAUCAAAUUGGUUUACUUUGCAUCUCCUAAAGAUCGUCUUUUUCUUGAUCUCCCCUAUUUCUGAAUUUAAUUUUCAUUAAACAAGUCUUUCAACUUGCCAAUCACAAUCACAGUAUGCAACCAAUUCGAAACACAUUCACGAAGAACUGAACCUGAAAACCCCACCCCGUCUCUUUGCCCCACUUUCAACUCCAUAUGAAUACACGGAAGGAGUAAAAUCCAAAGAUGAACUGGAUUUUAAAAUCCCCCCAACAGCUCCAAAAAAGGCUUCCUUUCCAACUCAAAAGCAUGUCAGUCCUGAUCUAGAUCACCAAUAAACUCAACAUUAUUAAAUCCCACUACCACUGACUCUUGUUGCUCUCUUCUGAUAAAUGACAAAUGUAAGAAUUCUUUUGAGAAUGACAAAUACAAAAUAUCAGUUCAAUUUGGUUGCUUUUAGAAGCAUAUACUAUAUUUCAAAAGAGACAAAAGCAUAUAAUAAACCAUGUACAUGUGCAUCUUGUCUACCUUUCUUCAUAAUAGAAUCUUUUAGUUUCAUCUCAAUCUUCAUACCCAUCUCGUCGCGUCACCACAUUCAAUUUAUAUAUUAUCCUACCACUAAAGAUUCAGAAGAAGAAAAUUAUAGCGGUGAUAUGCCUGACUCAUGUGGUUCUAAGUUUGAUAUGAAUAAUUGAAAGUAUAGAAAAUAGUUGGUUUCAAUAAUUUCAUACAUCAGAAGAUGUUUAAUAAGUUUGGAUUUGAAAUUUUAUUGUAUUCGUGUAUUCGUUAACUGAAUCGAUAAAUUGAACUCUAUGUUCGUAGUCAUGUUGGGCAAGUUAUUGAAUAGUGAAAAUUUAAAUGAACCGGUUAAUGAAGAUGCCAAAUGUAUCAUAUGUAUAUUGGUAUCUACAUAAAAGCAGUCACAAAUGACAAAUAAAUAUCUUAUUAUAAAGUUUCAAAAUGAAGGCGGUAAAUUAAUAAUCCAUCAUUUUUCAUGAUUAUCAAGUUUGAAAUUUGGUAUCAGGUGGUGAUGCCAUACUCAUGUGGUUCUAAGUUUGAUAUCAUAAUUGAAGUGUCGUAUGUAUGAACUAGUUAGUUUCAAUAAUUUGACCCAUCAAAAGAUGUUUAAGGAGUAUAGAUUUGAAUAUUUAUUGUACUUGUAUUCAUGAACCAAAUCUAUAAAUCGAAUUCUACGUUCAUUUCAUGUUGGGUAAGUUAUUGAACAAUGGAGAAUUAGAUGUGCUAAAUAGAAUAAAAAGGAAAGAACAUCAUAGUGAACCAAUUAACUAAGAUGCCAAAUUCUUCAUCUGUGUAUUGGUAUUUACAUAAAAGCAGUUACAAAUUACACAUAAGUAUCUAGUCAGAGAGUUUCGAAAGAAAUAGUAAACAUUCAUAAUCGAGUGUCCCAUUUCACGAUUAUCAAGUUUGAAAUUUGUAUAAUUCAACGAAUGUGGUUGUUUUAUUGUCGUGCUUGAAUUCUAAACUCAUGUUCACUCACAUGCCAUCCAACUUGUUAUUACACUAAGGUACAAAACACAAUUCUAUAGAAAUGAAUCAUUCAUAAGAGGAUAGCUACCAAUCUCUUAAAGCAAAAACAGAGAUUUGGCCCCAUAUACACUUUUCUCAAACUCCUUACAAAAGAGGGAAAAACAAGAUCAAUUCCCUCCUACCCAAAAAGUUAGAACAUAGAGACUAGAGAUCGAGAGAUGGGUUUUUCUUCUCACAAGCCAGAAAUUAUUAUGGUGGCCUUGGAAUUUGCCUAUGCUGGACUAGCUCUCUUCACAAAGGCAGCCUUCAAUGGUGGAUUGAGCCCCAGAAUCUUCAUUGUCUAUAGACAAGCCAUAGCCACUUUGAUCAUGGGUACCCUGGCUUGCUUCUCAAGAAGGAGGAAUCCAAGUGGGGUUUCCUUGACAUUGGAGAGCUUCUCUUGGAUAUUUGCUGCCUCACUCUUUGGUGUGACGGUGAAUCAGAAUGCAUUUUUCCAAGGAAUCAAAUUGGCUUCUUCAACUGCUGCAAAUGCAAUGAUUAAUCUCAUCCCAGCAGUCACUUUUGUACUAGCAACAAUUCUGAGGAUGGAGAAGAUUGACAUUAGGAGCCUGAGAAGUUGGGCCAAGAUUUUUGGGACUGUGAUGUGUGUCUGUGGAGCCAUGGUCAUGGCCUUCCUCAAGGGCCCUAAGCUCCUAAACUCUCAUUUUCUUCUUGGUUCAGAAGAAGACAACAGUUGGGUGAUGGGAUGCCUUCUUCUCUUGGCAGCCAGCUUCUUCUGGUCCACGUGGGUAAUCCUUCAGGUUCCAAUCGGGGCGACGUGCCCCGACCUCGUAUACUCACAAGCCUGGCUGUGCCUCCUGGCCACUCUGCAAUCAACAGGAGUGGCUUUGUUCAUGGAGAGGGAUCUCUCAGUUUGGAAGCUCAAUUCGAGUUUCGAAUUGGGUUGUUGCUUGUAUAGUGGAGUUGCCUUGGCAAUGUCAUUCUUGGGCCAGGCCUGGUGUGUUUCUGAGAGAGGCCCAGUCUUCCCAGCCAUAUUCAACCCACUUGCCACAGUCAUCACAGCCAUUUUUGCUGCUAUCUUUCUCCAUGAACAGACCUACCUGGGAGGGUUGAUUGGAGCUGCGGCUGCGGUAAUGGGAUUAUAUGUGGUGCUAUGGGGGAAAGCCAAGGACUUCAAAGAAGUUGAAAGUGAUAAGAAGGAGGAGAAGAAGAGGUCCAAACUUGAUUUGGAAGAACCAUUUCUUACUGAUAAGCUAAACCAAGUGGAUGUGUAAUGGAACUUAAUUUUGGAUAGAAAAAUAUAUUUUAGGGUUUGUAAGUUGCAGUUACAAUUGUCAUAUCAUACAAAUUUCAGUAUCUAAUAUUUUGAGCAUUUAUAAAACUAAGAGUUAUUUAAUUUGAGUGUCCUAAAAGUUGUUAAUGUUUUGUUUUUAACUUUGAAGUUCACUCAUGGGAGGAUUACUGACAAUUUUUUUAUUGUGAAUGUUGAUAGUUUUCUCAAAUGAGCCUUUAAGCUGGGGUUUUUUUUUUAUCGAAAUGAGCCCUCAAAUUUUAUGAUCUCUUACAAAUAAGUUCUUCCCGUCAAGUUUAACAAAGUCUUUUCUUCUUCUUUUGUAUCAAUAAAUGAAAUUGGACAAAUUUGUUAUAAGAUGUGAAGCCUAGUUAUCCCAACCAACAACUUAGACUACAAAAAUGUUCGAACUACCAUUGGUAGGAUGAGUUCAAGAUAUUUCAUAUUUAUUAGGAAGGAGUACAAUUUUAUGGUAACUAGAAUAAAUGGUUGAUUUGGGCAGUCGCAAAGCUAAGAAAAUUUUGCAAAAUAGUGAUACUUCACAGUUAUUUUUCAAUGUAGCGGUGUUUUUGCUUAUAUGACAAGGGGAAGGCAAGUGUCGCCACAUGGGAAGGCGAUAUAUGCUAUGUAGCUUGAAAAACGAGCGGCAUAUGUACCGAUAAUGUGAAUGCCCGGGAGAACGUGCCGAGAGCACCUUUUUCCUUUUAUUCCAAUUUUUAUGGUUAAAAACACUUAACGGUAUAGUUAAAUGAAUUAAAACAAUGUAUGUCAUCCAAAUAAAAUGAAAGCUAAUAAUCCUUAAUAUGCAAUUAUUUGUAACUCAUUCAGCAAUAUGGUCCUCAAUUUGCAAUCCCUUAAAUUUUUGGAUGGUAGAAAUAAAUAAAUAAAUGUCGAAUGAAAUGUGAUUGGAAAUUUCGUAGCAUCUGAAAUCCACCAAAGCUAUCAAGUUUACACAAAUAGAUAAGCAUGACAAUAUACUAAGAACAGGCUGUAACAUGCAUAACACCCAUGUCUUGCCAUCUCAUUUUUCUAACAAAGAUCUUUUUGUCAC